AUGGACUCGACACUCGCUCAACCGUUAAAGCUCAAAUGCGGCCUUGUUCUGAAAAACCGCUUGGUCAAGGCUGCAAUGGCCGAAUGCAUGGCCGAUAACAGUGGCCUUCCGACCGUAAAGCACAACAAUAUCUACCGAGAAUGGGGGGAAGGUGGUUGGGGCAUGAUUCUCACUGGAAACGUCCAGGUUGAUAGCAUGUAUUUAGGAGAUGCGCGCGACGUUACCAUCAAUCCUGCCCAAGAAGCAGAGAUUUUGGAGAAAUGGAAGAUCUGGGCUGAGUCCUGUACCUCAAGCGGGACCCCAACUGUCAUGCAAAUAAACCAUCCAGGACGCCAGUCACCGCUGGGGGCAGGAUCUCGAGGUCUUUGCGGACAGAAUAUUGCUCCGAGCGCGAUUCCAUUGGAUUUGGGUUCUGGGUUUGUCGCUAGAUUUGCAAGCUCAUACAUAUUCGGCAAGCCGCGCGAAAUGACUCUCGAGGAUAUAGAGCAAGUGGUGAAACAGUUUGUCGACUGCAGCAGGCUUGCGCUCAAAGCGGGAUUUCAGGGUGUAGAGAUCCACGCUGCGCAUGGGUAUCUUCUGGCGCAAUUUUUGUCGUCAAAGACGAAUCAGCGUACUGAUGGAUAUGGAGGUUCAGCUGAGGGACGGGCGAGGAUUGUGGUUGAGAUUGUUGAUGCUAUUCGCAAAGCGCUCCCGGCAGAUUUCUGCGUGGGUAUCAAGUUGAAUUCUACAGAUCACCAGUCGCGUGAGGCGCUAUCGGAUUUUGUGGUACAGCUCAGGACGAUAGUUGAGGCUGGGGUAGACUUUGUUGAGAUCAGUGGUGGUUCUUAUGAAGAUCCUCAGAUGAUGCAAGCAUCCACCCAAAUCCAGAAAGAAAAAUCAUCACGCACCAAUGCACGCGAAGCCUUCUUCCUCGAAUUCGCCAGCGCGAUCCGUCACGAAUUCCCUACCGUCCCCUUGAUGGUUACCGGAGGCUUCCGAACAAGAGACGGAAUGACUCGAGCCAUCAAGAGCAAUGCAUGUGAUAUGGUUGGCCUGGGGCGGCCAGCUGUGCUCGAGCCGUCUCUGCCUAGAAGCAUUAUAUUGAACAACGAGGUUUCUGACGAAAUGGCGCAUGUUAUGACGACCCCGAUUGCACCUACAUGGUAUAUUAAGAUGACCGGAGUAAAGUCUGCGGGCUCAGGGGCAGAAAGUAAAUGGUACAGUCAACAGAUACAGCACAAGGGGAGUCAGAAGUAG